GUUUUAAAGGUUAGGAGUUACAGUUUGAAGGGAUACCUGAGUGUUACAGAAUAUCUCACCACUUUCUACUGAAAAUGGUAGAGUUCGACUUAAACUUAGCCGAUAAAUGCACAUGUAAGAAAAUGUAUUUUGACCAAUUGUAGAUGCGUAAAAUGAUGUUUGAGUAUACAAGUGAUUAUUUGGCUAAAAAGUUAAGAGAAAACUGGUUAACACGUAGUUCUGAAGAAUCAGUAUUCAGUGGACAAGAACAGGAUGAUUCUCUGACUAAUUUGAAUUGGUUACAAACUUUAAAUAUUCGUGAAUUGGCUUCUACGGGUCAACCACUUUCUCCACCUUCUACGCCUCCUUUAUCCCUGUCAAAUUCAUUAUUACCCAACGGGGCAUUUCCACCGUCCAUGAUCAAUUCAUCACAGACAAUCUAUUCAUCAAAAUGUCCUACUGAAAAUGUAAUUAAAGCAACCUCUUCAAUAGAAAUACAGAAUACAUUUAAUUGUACAUCUGAUACAGCUUUGAAUCAACCGGUUACAAAUGUAUCUAAACAUGUUACGCUGAAUAAUACUACUGAUAAUGACAAUCAUAAUAGUAGUAAUAGCGGUAUACGUUGUGUAAAUAGACAUUUCAAAGAUUCACCUUUACGAUGUAAUAAUAACUUAUUAAAUUUCAAUGCAAGUUCUAAUUCACUUCAAUGUAAUUCUAAUUCAUCUGAAUCUACUGUUAUCAAUAAUAAUAAUAAUAAUAAUAAUAAUAAUAAUAAUAAUAAUAAUGCUUCAAAUACUAUUAAUCCUAUUCGAAACUUUUACAAUACCAAUGCUAUCUCCCGUUCAAAAUUACAAUCAAAUUUAAAUUACCUAACGUCUAUAAUUAAUCCUGUUUUUAUUGAUAAUAAUGAUCAACGUUCUAACAGUGUUAUUUGUGAUAAUGAAAUACGCGCGAAUUCAAAUUACGCUCUGAAUUACAUUAAUAACUAUAGCAUUAGUAAUUCAUAUAACUCUUUAAAUCGUCGUCAUAAUAGUCCCUUGAAAAUUGGGUAUCAUUAUUUACAACCAAAUAGCGUACAAAGAAUAUUUAAAAGUGAUAUUUAUCCAUUAAAUUUCAAAGAUAUAAAUUUGCCGGUUCAUUUAAACACUAACUAUAUAUCGAAUGGCAAUGUGAAUAGUCAUAAUGUAAGCAUUAUAAAUGGUGUUUGUAAUCACACCUUACCAACAAAUAUACAAAAUCACUUCAACUUCUGUUUUCCUGAUACUUAUAACGAUGUUGAUAAUGAUAAUAAUGAGAAUUAUUAUCAGUUAAAUGAGAUAACAGAAAAGAAUCAAACAUUAUUUCAAAAUUAUGAUGAAUUAAACUUUCAAGAAAAGGAUAAAUAUCGUUAUGAUGUUAACUGUAAACCAAUGUUCAAGUGUUCAACCCUUAUUUAUAUGGCUAUGAAUUCAUUAAAAAAGAAUAAAAUAACAUUGAAUGAUAUAUGUCAAUGGAUUCAAGUACAUUUUGCAUUUUAUCGUAAUUUAAAAGAUAUAGACUGGCAAGAUGUAAUUCGUCAACAUCUGACACUUAACCGAUGCUUUCAACGUGUUCCAAGACGUAAAGAAGAACCGAAUGGUCGUGGUGAUUUAUGGCGUAUUCAUCCAGAAUUACAAAAUCAAUUAAUACAGAAUAAAAUUCAUAAGAAAUAUUUACAAUUAUGGCAAAAUAGUAUUAAUAAUAAUAUAAUAUCUAAAUUACCUGAUUUACUAGAUUUUGUUGAACAACAGACAUCUACUACACCAAAGUCAAUGUCAACAUCACUGCAAUCGGAGGAUAUUUAUCAAAGAAUUAACAGUGAUUCAUCUUCAAUCCAAGUCAACGAAUCCUUCGAAUUAUCAGAUAACCUUUAUGACGAUUUAAAUGAAUGCAUGAAGAAGCGUAGACGCAUUAACUGUUCCUAUGAUGCCUUUAUAGAAAAUUACACUAGUAAUUAUAGUGACAAUAAUAUUAGUGAUACAAUUUUAAAUGAUAUGACAAAACUACCUAUGAAUAGCUUCCCUAAAGAUACAACAUUACAAUCGAAUUCUAGUUCAUCUCCAGCAUUAUCCGAUUUAUAUACAACACCGACGACAACAAAUACAACACCCCCACCGGAAUUACUACCUGAAGAUACAUCACCAGCCUUGUUGUUGGAAAAUGAAUACUAUUUGAAUGCUUUCGGUGUAAGCGAUCUCAGUGGUGAUGUUAACGGUUGUGGUGCUGAUGAUGAAUUAUUAAGGAGUGAUGCGUUACACCAUUCCUGCAAUACGUAUAACACCUCACCACCAAAAUUAAUUGAACAAGAAAUGUGCGAUGAUUUGGAUGUAUUAUUCCCUGAUGGCGGAGAUGAUCCUUAUCAUAAUCACGAUGAUAAUGCAUGUAAUAAUGUCUGUGAAAUUGAAGAAACACACAAAUCUGAUGAACAAAGCAUCAAUAGUAUUGAUUUUAUUCCAUCUAAAAUGAGAUUAAACGAGUUAGACAAUAGAAUAGUUGUAGAAUUAUCAAAAGCCAGCGGUUUGAAUGAUAUACCUCCAUUGGACGAUCUGGUUGAUCCACUUGACCUAACUACACGUGGCCAUAGUGUCAAAUAUACACCUGAUUGGUGGUCAAAUAAUUUAACUGAAUCAAUGACUAACUUUAUUAAUGGCACAUUGGGUGGUGGUGGUGGUGGAAAUGUUACUGGAGAUGAAAAUAUAGCAGGCGGACAUGAAGAUGUUGAGAAGAUCAGUGGUGAUGACGUUGAUGAUAAUGAUGAUGACGCAAUUACAUCGUCUAUUUUCUCAUUAACAAAUGAUGAAAUGCCAUUACCGUUAGAGUUGACUGCGGCAGCGGUAGAAGAAGCGUCACUGUCACCGUCAUCGUCAUUAAGUCCUUGUCAGAUGACAUCUUCAGGUUCAGCAUUAUCAUUACCAUCGACAACAGAAAUACAAUCUACACCACCAGUACUAAUGACUAUCCUGCCUGAGUGCGAUGACGUCACCAGUGAUUUCAUAAAACUACCAACAUCAUUACAGGAUUAUGCAUUUUUCAGUAAUAAUAUACCGUUGACUACUACUAAUAAUAAUGCAACAAUAGGACAUCAUGAGAACGCCCUACUCGAGAAUCCACUUGAUGACAAUGAUCACCUACAACAGCAUAUCCAACAUCAACGUUGGAUUGAAAAUGAAGUAAAUCUUGACGAUCUUGAUAAUAUUCUUGGACUUUGUUAAAAAUGGAACAAAAAUGAAGUAUGAAGACAAUGUCGUCACCCAACAUAGCUGAUGGAAAUGCACGCAAUCCUAUAAUUUAUCAGACAUAUUUGUUACAUAUUAUACAGAUGAAUACGUAUAAACUCGGUUGAUGCAACAUUUUAGGCGAAUUUCAAUAGGAUAUUUUUUAAACUAGUCAAACAGAAUGUUGUCUUUGAUUUUUCCAGACUAACCAUCUUUUCUGUGAUGUUAUUUUCCAUUAAUGUAAUACUACUUUAAUCAUACUACUGCUAUUAUUAUUAUUGUUGUUGUAACUGUUAUUGUUUAUAUUUUUUAAUACCUUAUUCAACCUCAGAGUUAUUGAUCUCGCUCUCUCCCUAAACUCAAAUAAAAUUACAGUAUAAAUGAGCCCAUAUACACAUCCAGAAGACAUAUUUAAACUACGCGCAAAAAAUCCAGAGUUUGUUUAUUUAUUCAAUUGUUUGUUUAUAUCUUGUUGUCUUCAAUGUGUCAAUUGUCAGUUUCAUACACAUAUUUUGAC